AUGGCGCCCUGGCAGGCUUCUGUGGAUAGAUUCUGUCAUCAGUAUCUGCAAUUAGAAGCAGAGCCGGACCUGCCACCGGCCGAGUAUCUCAAGCUACAUGACGUGCAAGAAGCGAUUUACAAAGGCGCGUUCUCCGACAGUGUGCUCUAUGCGCCGCCGCCGCGCUAUCAGCUACGCCUGCUCAAAGCCCUGGUAGCAGCCAUUGAGAGGAGCAUAGAUGACUGGGAGCAGCAUGCGCUUUCUGAAGACCUCAUGACGGCCCUGGCGCUGCUCCUCGCCACGCGACUGCCGUCCGAAGUCGACUCGGCGCAGCAGAAAUGCUACGUAACCUACGCGCUGUCUCUUUUACCGCCGUCUGCCUCGGCCGCGUCGCCGCCGCCAGCCAUCACGUUGCUCGAGAACCGCUCCCUCAUCUCGGCGGGCGGCACCACGGGCCUGCGGACGUGGGAGGCCGCGCUGCAUCUGGGCCAGUACCUCUGCACGCGUCCGGCUCUCGUGCGCGACCGUCGCGUGCUCGAGCUCGGCGCCGGCACCGGCUACCUGUCGAUCUUGUGCGCGCGCCAUCUGCAGGCCGCGCAUGUCAUCGCGUCCGACGGCUCCGAUGACGUCCUGCACAAUCUCACAGAGAGUCUGUUCCUGAAUGGCCUGCAGGGUGCCAGCGCCUCGAGACGGAUCGCUCCCAUGGAUCUCAAAUGGGGCCACGCGCUCGUCGGUACCGAGGAGGCGCAGUGGAACGGCGGUCGCGACGUGGACGUGGUGCUCGGCGCCGACAUCACCUACGACAGGAGCGUGAUCCCCGCGCUGGUCGCGACACUGCUGGAGCUGUUUGCACUAUAUCCGAGUGUGGAGGUUUACCUUGCGGCGACGCAGCGCAACCACGCGACGUUUUCGGUGUUUCUGGAGGCGUGCCAGGAGAAUCAGCUGGCGGUGCAGGACCUACGAUACGGCGUCACCCCGCGCGGGAAGCAGACGGGGCCGUUCUACAGUGAUGCGGUGGAAAUUCGGGCGUGCAAGAUAAGCAGAGUAUUAUGA